AUGACUAUGGUUGCUGUCGAACAAUGUUUGCUGUCAAGCAAUGUCAAGUCAAGUCAGAUUUUUUAAUUGUUAAUUAACAAUUGUUAAUAAAUUGUAAGAAUUAUAACGUGCAUAAGCCUGUACUAUAAGCAUAUUAGCAGUAAAUUUUUAUCCAUUAUAUUUUUACUUUUCUGAGGUUUUUUCAAAAUUCCAAGGUUUUCGACAAAUUUGAUUGUAUACACUCUGCAAAGACGAAAAUUUUGAAAUAUGAAUUCUUUCAAGAUGGAAAGAUUUUUGCCGAAUGAGUGUUAUAUUUGUAAAUCCAGAGACAACUUAAUAAGAUGUAGAUGCAAAAUGAUUUGGUAUUGCUCUAAGGAUCAUCGAUUAGAACAUUUGGCAGUUCAUAAAAGUUUUUGCAAAGUAAUUAAAGAAUUGUUAAUAGAGAAAAAAGUGUCACACAUUCAUGAAGAGCUUAAAAGUUUAGGUGGAUCCGCUUGGAGAACAAAAAGAGAAAAAAUCAGCAUUGAAGUAACAAAUAAAUUAGGAAGACCUAUGAGUCUAUUAGAAAAUGCAAUGUGGACACAUUCGCGAGUGUGUUUCGUUUGUCGUAAAACAAGACAAAAAGAUUUAACAAAUUGUCCUGAUUGUCCAAUGGCAAGUUUUUGUAAAGAGCAUCCACAAAAUGAACUUCACACUAUGAAUUGUAAAGUGAUGAAUCAGUAUUUAAAAGUUCUUAAAACCGCCGAAGAAUUAAAUAUCGAUUUGAAAUUUUUGUCUCCUAUUUUUCCGUGUAUUACAGAAGAAAUAGUAAAUCAAGUUAUAGAUAGACUUACACUCACAUAUUGCGUAUCUGACAUGAAAGAAGUUUGUUUAAAAUCGAGAUUAUUGAAAAUGGAUCUUGUUAACUUUAUGGAUGCAGCUUCGAAAAUUUAUAGUGUUUUACAAAAAGUACACGACACGAUUCCAGAAGAAUUGUUAAUUCACAUCGAUGCCCUUUCUUAUGAACACGCAAUCACAGAAAAAAAUUAUUGGGAAUUUCUCUUGCAUCUCAAUCCGCAGAUAAAAAAGUUAAAAAUUGUCAUCACUCAGACUGAAAAUCGGAACAAUUCUAAGAAGUCUCUUUGCAAAAAUUGCCAGUUAGAGGAAAGAGAAUUAAUUGUUGAAUAUUUGUCAAAAUCUUACGACGAUUACAUGCAAGAUAAAAAUUAUCAAGAACCAGAUAUUCUAUUUUACUUGAAAAUCGUCGACGAGUGUAAUUCCGAAAAACGAAAUCAGUGGAGUGAAUUUAAUUGCCCAGUCAUUUUGCGAUUUGACACAAAUUCGAUUUUUUGCAAAACACUACAAUUUCUCUCUCUUUCAAUAGCAAAGUUUGAAUUUAUUUACGAGGGACAAAUUAAAGCACCAUUCAGUAAAUUAUCCUCAAUUGAAAAUGAAGACUACUUUAUAAUUUUGCAAUCAAAGGAAAACAAAAUAUUUGAAAAAUCUUCUGAUUCAUUAACAGGCGAAAUCUGCGAGGAAACAAUUGGUACAAAGACAACUGAAAAUCUUUCGGAAGUUAAAAAUACUGUCAUGAAAACUCAUCAAUGUGGUGAAAAUAGUGCAAAUCGUGUAGAAGAUGCUUCUAAAAUUAAUCCGUCAGAAUCAAAAGACAAUUCUGACAAUAACGAAAAUUCAAAAUUGGAAACAAACGAAAAUCAAUCUGCUUCUACUUCUUACACCGAUUCAAACAAGAUUAAAGUAAUUGAAAAGGAAAAUACAAGCACAAACGAAAUUAAAUCGGCAAAAAGUUCCAAUUGCCAACAAACGGAAAAUAAAGAAACGAAUAAGGAAGAAAAAUCAGAAGAUCGUGUGACACUUUCUCCAUCGUCUUCUGUACGUUCAUUUGUCAUUAUUUCGGGACCCGGAGAAGGGGAGGAAGAAAAAAACGCUAAAAACUCAGAAACUGAAGAAAAUGGAAAAUAUUUAAAGUAUGUCGACAACGAAUUUCUCGAUCCAAGUGGCAAAGGGCCAAAAAAUACGAAAGAGGACAAUAUGGAGAAAAAGAAUAUUGAAGAGCGGAAAGAAAAGGAAAAUGAUAAAAAAAUUCUCCUCAAUUCGCAAAGUUUCGAAAACAAUGAAAUAGAUAAUUCUUCUCAGUCCUAUGUAAUCGGACAUGUUUCGUAUCUUGAAAAUGAAAACGAAGGUUUACGACAACAAUUAAAUUUGUCAUUCAAAGAAAUAACGAAACUACAAACAAAAUUUAAUCAGGUUUGUUUUGAAUUAAACAAAAAGGAAAAGGUAAUAAAGAAUUUAUUACGCGUAUUUGUCAACUUUGAAGACACUGAUUCAGUGUGUGAAGAGAACAAAUUUUAAAUUCGUUACAAAUAAAACUCUUUCAUUUUUUGUCUUUAAAAGAAAAUCUAUUUUUUUUUUUUUUUUUGAAUUUGAAAUUCAAAUACUAAUUUUUGUUUUUAAUUCUCUUUUA